UAGCGCGGCGCUCAAGCCAGAAACGUACGCGGCUACGUCCUUGACGCGUCUACGAAGCCGACGUUAUUCCAGACCAAGCUCCUUCGCGGUUGUCGCGCCUUCGCGUUUCCAUCCUCAGCUCCAGCCAUCAUGCGCCCCCGUAUUGCUUCUACAAUACCUUGCGACUCCGACGCUUAAUGAUGAACCGAUCAGAAAUACUUCAUGCCAAUCCUAUAGGCAGAGGGCUAGACGGCUUUCGCGAUGCACACGCUCUGAAUCCGCUCGAUGACGACAACUGGGGAGGGGAUGAUGAAGCGCUGAAAAACACCCUUGUCGAGCUGGUGCUAGCUUUGCAGAGUCUCGCCGCCUCGCGAUCGCUCCCCUCGAAGCGCGGCAACAAAGAUCUAAGGAGUGAUCUAUUAUCCCUGAGUUCAGCGCUCUACUCUGACAACGCUGAUACUGUACGAGCGAAACCUCUACUUGAUGCAGUACUCAGCAAACAGCCUGAUGAAGUCAUCUGGGAUGCUGUCUACGACGCCGUCACCGAGUCGACUCCUCCGCCUCGUCCUCUAUCGUCGUUCCAGCAGACGCCAUGGCUACGCAACACAGGCAGCUUCGCGAACUCAACCGAACACCGCAAAUAUAUAGACAGUGUGCUGAAGGAGGAACUGGGUCAGCUAUAUGUCGGGGUGCCUGGCUUCUCUGAAGCCUUCUUUGGAGGCGUACCAGAUUUAAAGCCGGUAUCGCAAGCUGUGUUUAAACAGUGCAAAGGAGUUGCUUCGCUCUACCAAGAGGGGAGCGGCUGGCAGGGCUGGCCUGAAGAUGCAAAGGAACGCGACGUCUUAGGCUGGUUUGCGCCUCUAAUCGGCCAGCUUGUGGACUUGGCAGCACAAAACGAGCAAAACGAGCACACCUCUAGACCUCGACGGCGACCGCUCGCACAGCCCCACAAGCCCAUUCAAGGCUCCAUCGCCGACCGAAAGAUGGACGUCGGCUUUGUAGACGACCCACACGCCGAUGUAGAUGCCAGGUACCGCUGGCCGCAGAUCCUCAUACCGGGAGAACUCAAGAGUAAUCCUUUGGAUGAUAAAGCCUCUAAAGCCUGGCUUGAUCUAGGACGAUACGCGAGGGAGGUGUUCGCUGCCCAGCCCAGUCGCCGCUUUGUUCUUGGCUUCACACUGUGUGGAUCGCGCAUGCGGCUGUGGGAGUUUGACCGGCUGGGGGGCAUUGCAUCCGAAUCCUUCGAUAUAAACGAAGACGGGUUGCAGUUUGUGUCCGCCGUACUUGGGUUCUUGUGGCUGGACGAAGAGCAGCUUGGAUAUGACCCUACUAUCAUCACCGAAGGCGAUAAGCAAUAUACCGAUAUCGAACGAAAUGGUUGCACUGAGCGUCUUAUUAUUACCGGGGUUAUGAAACGGACGCGUUGCAUCGCUGGCCGAGCAACGACCUGCUGGAUAGCCCACCGUGAGGGAGACGAAUCAGAAGCGCCCCUUGUCAUUAAAGACUCAUGGCAAUAUCCAGAGCGUGACGAAGAGGGAGAGCUUCUGCGAGAGGCAACCGAGAAGGGUGUGGCCAACGUGGCAAGAUACUACUACCAUGGGACGGUCCAUGUGGGGGGCCAAGAGGACGACAUCCGCGAGAAUGUGCGACGAGGCCUGGAUGUAAGCCAGGCGACAAACUACAGAUCGGAAAGCGCGAUGCCGCCUCCGAGCAGCAAUGGACAUCGUAGCUCACGAACCGGUCGAAGCAGCACCGCUACUGGAAGGAAGCGGUCGUCGAGCUGCACGGACGCGCCGUUGCCGCCCAGCAAGCGAACAUGUUCGAGUUCACCAGUCAAAGGUGGAAAAGCUAUAGCAAAUCGCAAGCGUCGUCGUGUCAUCCUUCGCGAUCUUGGGGAACCCAUAUACAAGGCGAGCUCGCUUACAAAGCUAGUCGCUGGGAUGGAAGGCUGCAUUGAAGGAUACGAGUCGUUGCAAACGAAGGCUGGCUUGUUGCAAUGCGACAUCUCGCCAAACAACCUCAUGAUAAACGAAGAUGGAGGAAACCCGUCUUGGCACGCGUUUCUGAUUGACCUCGAUCUAGCUAUCAAGGAGCAGCGUGAGAAGUCUUCUGGCGCGCGUGGGAAGACCGGCACAAGAGCAUUCAUGGCUGUUGGCGUGCUCCAUGAUGACGAACCCCAUUCCUUCAUGCACGACCUGGAGUCCUUCUUCUGGGUGCUGUUCUGGAUCUGUAUCCAUUACAGUGGGUCGCAGGGCAGAGUAGUCCCCCAAUUCGACAGAUGGAAUUAUGCAGACACGGAGGAGCUGGCCAAGUUAAAGCUGGGGACAGUCUCUGAUAAGGACAUCUUUCGCAAGACUACCCAAGAACACUUCACGAAGUAUUACCAGCCAUUAAUUCCUUGCAUUGACAGAUUGCGGCGGAGGGUAUUUCCUGGUGGUGGAAGAUGGAGGGAUCCGAAUCCAGAAUUGUACACCGAGAUGAAAAACAUACUUCGGGCAGCUCAUGAUGAAUUGAAGGAAUUGGAGUUAUCGUCAAAUGCCACAUGAGCUGCUACUACACGCACCUUUCCCUGCUACACGUCAGGUGAGCUACUGCAUAAAGCCCUAGAGACAUCGACGGAAUGAGGUCCAAAAAGAGUCUCUCCGAGUUGUUCUUUGCUAAUGGAGCCACAAAGAAGGCCUCCGUAUAGAGGCCCAGAUUGGGGCGCUAUCUCUUCUACUGUCGCACAUAUUCUUAGCAUAGCUAUCCCCACCUUGAGUCCGCCAUGAGAAAGAGGAUUUUCAAAGCGCCUACGCCCUAGUUAAGCUAUUGCUAGUUCUGUGAAAGUACGGAGAUGUUUGUGAUUACAUUGAUUCUUCCAGCAUAGGUCGAGACGCACACAAUGCCUUUUGGGGACUCGCUCUGUUCCGUCAUCUUCGCUCACAUCCAUUGUUUGGGGAGUACCGCUGCUUAAUUUUAUUGCAAGCUGGUUCGCAAAAUAUCGCUGCGGUUCGACAGAUUG